AUGACUGAGAACACCGCAGCGAACAAUAUUGAAAGCCGCUCCGACGGCCACACUGCGGAGCCCGUAGCAAAGGGGGGAAAGCUCAACGAAAACGUGAAUAACAGGUACACCAUGGACGGCGACAUCCUCGCGUGUCACCACCUCGAGCCGCUCUGGCUCAAAAUGAAUGCCAUGGUGCCUCCUACCCCCAAUCCCGUUGCGUCGCCUCACAUAUGGAGAUACGAAGAGACACUGCCUCACUUGUUGGAGGCCGGUCGAACUGUUCCCCCAGAGGCGGCCGAGAGGAGGGUUCUCAUGCUAGUCAACCCCAAGAUGGAGUCACCUUACACUACAGACACCAUCUACGGUGGUCUCCAACUGGUAAAUCCAGGCGAGACGGCCCCGGCCCACCGUCACAUCGCCUUUGCUAUCCGCUUCAUCAUAGAGGGCGAAGGAUUCACUGCCGUAGAGGGAAAGAAGAUUCCGCUCAAGAGGGGAGAUGUAGUCGUCACUCCCACUUGGCAUUGGCACGACCACGGCAACGAGAGCGAUGCCCCCGUCAUCUGGCUUGAUGCCCUGAACCUUCCUCUAUUCAGGUUCGCCCGGGUGCACAUUGCCGAGGGUUACAGAGAGAGUAGAUAUCCCAGCACUCUUUGCACGCCGUGCGAGUGGAGUCAUCCUUGGGAGGGCGUUGAGAAGUCCCUCAACUCUCAAGAGACCCCUCAUGCUGUGUACCGCUACGCCACAAAAGACGGCCAACCGCUCUCUACAACCCUCAGCGUUCAAGCCGAGAAAAUCGAUUCGGGUCAUUCAACCAGAGAAACUCAGGACGUCGCUUCCUUUCUAGUUCACUGCUAUUCUGGCGAGGGUGAGACCAUUAUCGACCCUCCCAAUGGUGAGAAGAGGGUCUUGGACUGGACCGCGAAAGACACUUUCGUCAUCCCUGCGUACUCCAAGGUUGUGCAUGUUAACAAGGGGAGCAGCCGGGCAUACCUUGUGUUAGUGCAUGAUAGGCCUCUCCUUAACUCGCUUGGACUGUACAAGCCUGGGUCCAUCUAA